AUGGGCGAUCUUCCAAAGGAGAGAGUGGAAGGUUAUCAAGUCUUCGAUGUAACCGGCAUCGAUUUUUGCGGUCCUUUCUUCUAUAAGUCGGAGGUUCGCAACAAGGCUCCCAUAAAAUGUUACAUUAGCGUCUUCAUUUGUUUCACGACAAAGGCCGUCCAUUUAGAGCUGGUGAGGGAUCGGUCCACCGCCGCCUUUCUGCUUGCACUGAGGAGAUUUAUUUUUAUCAGGAAGAAGCCUCGACAGAUCUGGUCCGACAACGCCACCAAUUUCGUUGGAGCCAAAAAUCAGUUGAGCGAAUUAAAGAGACUAUUUCUUGGCGACGAGCACCAGAGAGCUGUCUUGGAUUUUUGCCUUCCAGAAUCAAUCGAGUGGAAGUUUAUCCCUCCCCGUUCUCCCCACUUUGGCGGCUUGUGGGAAGCUGCUGUAUCCGCCAAGUAUCAUUUUUAUAGAGUCGUGGGCUCGGCUGUACUAAAGGCCGACGAUUUGCAGACGCUGGUGUACAAUAUUGCUGCAGGCCUCGUCUUUCUUCAGCAGUGUUUCUGGUCCAGAUGGAAGGAAGAGUAUUUAACCCUGUUGCAGCAACGGUCCAAAUGGCGCAUCCCUGGUCAAGGCAUAGCAGUAAAUGACAUCCUGCUGGUGAAGGACGAAAACUUGCCUCCAAUAAAGUGGCCCCUGGCGAGGGUGUCGGAAAUGGUCGUCGGAGAUGACGGAGUGUGUCGAGUGGCGCUGCUGAGCUACGGAGACGGGCAGUCAACAAAUUGUUCGGGAAGAGAUAAUAGUCCGAGGGAGCCAAACCGGGUGAAUAAGUUGGAUGCCGAAGAAUUUUGA